UCCAAGAUCAAUUAAAAACCAACAAGUAAUUAAUAACGCUUGCUUAUAGAUUAAUAUAAAAGGAGACGAGUAUUUCGAUGAUUAUUGCAUAGUAAAUUUCUCAAAAUGGUUAAACUUUUAGUUGUGGUAUUUUUGGGUGCUAUCACAACCAUCGAGGCCAAAAUCACUUUACCGGCCGAACUUCAAGAAUACAUCGACGACUUGCACAAGUUGUGCCUUGACAGAGGGGGUUUGCAAGAGACCGAUCAUGAAACCUACGAUAUCAACACCAAAGAUCAAAAAAUGAUGUGCUAUAUGAAAUGCCUGAUGCUGGAAUCUAAAUGGAUGAAACCUGAAGGGAUUAUAGACUAUGAUUUUAUAGAUUCUCAGGCCCAUCCUGACAUCAAGGAUAUACUAAUGGCAGCAGUGAAUAAAUGUAGAAACAUUGAUGAAGGAGCAGAUCUUUGCGAGAAAUCUUACAAUUUUAACAAAUGCUUGCAUAGAGCUGACCCAGUGAACUGGUUCUUGGUUUAACUUCAUAUUAGGAAAAUUUAAAAGGAUUUUUACGAAAAUGACUUUCAGCGGUAAUCGAUGAGUUACUAUUUCUAUCAUGUUUAUAUAAUUAUCUUUUAAAUAAAACGCACGAGCAUCCCA